UAAAUCCUGGAAUAGAUAACUCUCCUCGGUACCGCUUUCAUGGAGGGGGGAACGUCGGAGCCUGCGGCGCCGGCAACCUUCCUCCGGGGUGAGGAGGGGGCGUCCCCUGAGUCAGCGCGCGCUAGGUUCGAGCGCAUGAUCCGGCGCGUGCAGGCGGAUGUCUGCGCGGAGCUCGAGGCGGUCGAGGGCAGCGGCACAAGCAACGGCGGCGGCGGAGGCGCGCUAUUUCGGGAGGACGCUUGGACACGUCCUGGCGGCGGCGGCGGUAUUAGCCGUGUCCUCCAGGGCGGCCGUGUGUUCGAGAAAGCUGCAGUGAAUGUCUCUGUGGUCUAUGGAGUUAUGCCUCCAGAGGCAUACCGCGCGGCGAGACCUGAAGCCGCCGCGGCGGCGGCGGCUGGAGGGGACAAGGCGGGGCCAGUGCCCUUCUUUGCGGCUGGUAUCAGCUCGGUCAUCCAUCCAGUAAACCCGUUUGCUCCAACAAUGCAUUUCAACUACCGGUAUUUCGAAACAGAGGCACCUAAAGAUGCUCCUGGUGCACCUAGGCAGUGGUGGUUUGGAGGUGGUACUGACCUGACGCCUUCGUAUAUCAUUGAAGAGGAUAUCAAGCACUUCCAUUCUGUUCAGAAACAAGUGUGUGAUAGCUAUGAUCCUAGCUUUUACCCUAGAUUCAAAAAGUGGUGUGAUGACUAUUUUUAUAUCAAGCAUCGUGGUGAGCGACGUGGGGUGGGAGGAAUAUUUUUUGACGAUCUUAAUGACUAUGAUCAAGAAACACUUCUUCGCUUUGCCACAGAUUGCGCAGACUCAGUUCUUCCUGCAUAUAUACCCAUCAUAGAACGUCGCAAAGACACUCUGUUUACUGAGGAGCACAAAGCAUGGCAACAGCUACGUAGAGGUCGCUAUGUGGAAUUUAACCUUGUUUAUGAUCGAGGAACCACAUUUGGGCUGAAGACUGGGGGGCGGAUUGAGAGUAUCCUUGUUUCUCUUCCUCUUACCGCACGGUGGGAGUAUGAUCAUAAACCAGAAGUAGGGAGUGAAGAGUGGAAACUUCUUGACACGUGCAUAAAUCCAAGGGAAUGGAUCUGACCUGUUCAGAAGUGCUUGCCCUUUCUUCACCUUAAUGUUAAUAGACCACUUUGAUCUUGUAUGUGGAUUUUUCUUUUACAGCUAGUGUGAUUUUCUUGAGCGACCUUAGCAAAUAUUUUACAUACAACAUAUAUGCCAUCCUACUGCUUUUGACAUAGAUUUAUAGAGUUAGGAAUCUCAAUGAAAAAAAUGUGAGGUGAAACGGUACAAAUAUUUUGUAGAAGACAUAAUUGAGGUAACUGUUUUUUUUUUCUGUUUA